GCCGUGCACCACGGGACCCCGACUAGCUUGUGCGGAGCAAAACAUCCAAUUUUGAACGCUGGGCUUCACACUCCUGGGUGAGGCGAGCAUGGCAGACACCCCGCAGGAGGGUAAGCUCACCCGCUUCGUGGACUUCACCCAGCUGGUGGACAUGGCGUGCGAGGCCGUCGGAGGGAAGGUUUUAUUUGCAACAGAUGACUUUUUUGCUCCUGCUGAAAACCUCAUAAAGAGCGAGAGCCCGACCUUUAAAGAACACGAGUACACUGAGUUUGGGAAAUGGAUGGACGGAUGGGAGACCAGGCGGAAGAGGGUUCCAGGACAUGACUGGUGUGUCAUCAGGCUGGGUAUCGAGGGCAUCAUUCGAGGCUUCGACGUGGACAUCUCUCACUUCAAUGGAAACCACCCUCCCCGGGUGUCCAUCCAAGCUGCCAACUUGAAAGAAGAUAAACUGCCAGAGAUACUGCCUCGCGGGGUGAGGACAGGAACUGCAGCCAGCCCUGAGGAGUUCAGCGCCAUUGCUGAGCUGCAAUCCGGCGAGUGGAGUUAUUUGGUGCCCAUGACAGAGCUUAAGCCAGGAAGCCCCACUUCCAGCCACAACUACUUUCUCGUCCAUUCCCAGCAGAGGUGGACUCACGUGAGACUCAACAUGUUCCCGGAUGGUGGGAUUGCACGCCUCAGAGUUUAUGGCACUGGGCAGAAAGACUGGGUCGCAACAGACCCCAAAGAACCCGUGGACUUGGUGGCCAUCGCUUUUGGGGCAGUCUGUGUAGGAUUUAGCAAUGCCCACUUUGGACACCCCAACAACAUAAUAGGGGUCGGCAGGGCCAAGUCCACAGCAGACGGCUGGGAGACUGCGAGGCGGCUGGACCGGCCCCCAGUGCUAGAAACAGAUGAGAAUGGUUUCCUCCUAGUUCCAGGGUAUGAAUGGGCUGUCUUCCGGUUGGCCCAUCCUGGGGUUAUAAUGCAGAUCGAAAUCGACACUAAGCAUUUUAAAGGGAACGCUCCAGACAACUGCAAGGUGGACGGCUGCGUCCUGACCACGCAGGAGGAGGAGGAGGCGGGCAAGCGCCAGUGGCUCCUGCCAGCCGCAAAGUGGAAGCCGCUGCUGCCAGUCACCAAGCUUUCGCCCAACCAGAGUCACCUGUUUGACAGCCUUACUCUGGAGCUUCAAGACGUCAUCACGCAUGCCAGGCUCAGCAUCGCACCCGACGGGGGUGUGAGCCGCUUGCGCCUGCGCGGCUUCCCCAGCUCCAUCUGCCUGCUGCGACCCCGGGAGAGGCCCACCCUGCGCUUCGCUGUGAAGGCCGGCUUCAAGGCCAGCCUGUAG